ACGCAAUCGUCCGCAAGGAUAUUUUUUUCUACUCCCUACAACUUAUGACUCACGGUUAUUUCCUAUUAGUUUAAAAGUAACGCAUCAGGAUAAUAAUAUAUCUGCGUUAGUGUUUACAUCUUAACUUUUUUUUUUUUAUCAUCCAGUCCGUAACGUAGUCGUCCUGGAUUGCUAACGUUAGCAUAGCUUCCAAUUCAAGAUGGACGACAGCUGAGCUGAGUUAAGUUAGCAGCUGGUCAUUAUUAUUUUGUAUCCCCCGCUUCGUUGUCAUCUCUGUCGCUCCUCACCCUAUCAGCCGGACCUCCUUAUGUGUUUAGUUCGGGAGCUAUCAGAGUGAGUUCGGUCUUCGUGGAUAAAUGGCUGCCGCUGCCCCCUCUGCUCCUCCUCCAGCAGCCUCUGGCUCCUCUGCUGCUGCGGCCGCUGCUGAAGCAUCCAGUCCGGGAGGAUCCAGCAGCUCGACCGCGGCAGACGGCGGCAACCAGGACAGCACUUUUGAAUGUAAUAUUUGUUUGGACACCGCCAAAGAUGCAGUGAUCAGUCUGUGUGGACAUCUUUUCUGUUGGCCUUGUUUGCAUCAGUGGUUGGAAACACGACCCAACAGACAAGUGUGUCCAGUAUGUAAAGCAGGCAUCAGUCGAGACAAAGUGAUCCCCUUAUAUGGAAGGGGAAGCACUGGUCAGCAGGAUCCAAGGGAGAGAACACCGCCUCGACCACAAGGACAGAGACCUGAGCCUGAAAACCGUGGUGGUUUUCAGGGCUUUGGCUUUGGGGAUGGUGGUUUCCAGAUGUCAUUUGGAAUCGGUGCCUUUCCAUUUGGUAUUUUUGCUACAGCUUUCAACAUUAAUGAUGGAAGACCUCCUCCAGCGGCUCCUGGAACACCACAGCACAUGGACGAACAGUUUCUCUCCCGACUCUUCCUGUUUGUUGCUUUGGUGAUGAUGUUUUGGCUGCUGAUUGCAUGAAAGCAUUAGAAAACAGAUUGUGUGAUGAUUUAUGAUGCUCUUUUCAAAUACAGCUGAAACCAGAUGUUUACAUACCACCUUAUAUUUAAAGACAAGUACUUUUUUCCUAAUCUUUUCCUGUUUUAAGUCAGUAUGACCUACAUUUUUCCGUUUAUGAAGCACCAGAAUAUUAAGAUUUAACAGUAACCGUAAGACAACUGCUUGUUGGCAUUUUGGCAUAUUCCUCCUGACGAGUAGCGUAACUAAAUCAGCUUUAGAGAAUGGACCACUCAGUCACACUUUUUAGGUUCUGCUUAUAUGUCUUCAGAUAUUCCAAGAGGAAUAUCCAUAAUAUUGCUCACCUUAAGGUACUUUCUCAGCAGUUUUUUUCCUCUCAAUGCCUUCUACUUUGAGAACUGCAGUAAUCCCUUCUUAAACAACCCCUCAUCAUGAUGCAGCCAUCCUUGCAUUUACAAGUUUCUCGGUCCUCUGUUUGGUCAUAUGCUUAUGACCAAACAAUUCAGCUUUAGUUUUGUCAGACCACACGACGUAUCUUAAACAUUAAAGUAAUUUUCCAGUAUGUAUUUAUAUCCUGUAAUCUGGCUUUUUGCACUGCCUUUGGGGUAGUGGCUUCUUCCCCUCUAAGCAGCCUUUCAGGUCAGGUACAGGAUUAUUUCACUAUUAAUAAAGACUCUUACCUGCUUCCGUCAACACUGUACUAGGGUUAGUCCACAUAUUCAAACCAUCCCUGGAACACCGAAGCUUCUUAAACUAUAUGGUGGUUGGAGAUCUGUUUCUUUCAUAUUUGCUGGAUAUCUGCUCUUUUGGGUAUCUGUAGGUUAAUCUUCUUGUCUAUAGUUCACUCCCUAAUGUUUUAGAUUUUUUUCCCACAAGGAGGUAUUGCUUUUUUUGGCAUUGCCUUACAAUACAUUUACAGGUAUGCCUCAAUUUUUUUGAAAAUAGCUUAGAAGUCAUGACCUUAUGUUUAGGCUUUUCUAAGUAGUCAAUAGGAACAUCGGCUCUUAAUGUUCUGGUAUCUACUAAAUGGAAUAUUAACCUAAAAGAGAAAAGUUUAGUCUGAUUUGUUGCCAUACUAUAAGGAAUGUUUGUCUUAUUUAUACUGUGUAAAAAUCUGGUUUUAGCUAUUAAUGGUUCCAAUUACUUUUUUUAAGUCCUUAUGUUCGUUAACCAAAUUGAUCUACAUCUAUGAGCAUUUCCCUUUGAAUAGGGAACAUUUAAGGUUACAGCUUCAUAUGCAUGUUAGGAUCAGGUUAUUGUGAUCUAAACCUGCAGUGACAUGUCAGAAUCCUCUUUGAAAAACUAAAGCAAGAAAAGCAGCUGGCUUCCAGUCCUCUGAUGGCUGUGUAAUAACACUCCCAUAUAACUGUUAGUUAGAAAUCUGAGCAGUGAAACAAACCAGGGGAUAUUUUAAAGGUCUUAAAUAGAUUGGAAGUCUAAUGAUCCGUAUUGUUCAACAGGAAUGAUUCUAAACUAGAUCCUGAUUACUUUUUCUUUUUUUUUUGGAAUGUGAUUCUUGAUUUAGUAAUGGAAAAUUGACUUUUGGUUUUAUUCAAGCCAUAAAAAAAAAAUGUAAGUGUGGUUUCUUUCAUUUAUUGGUUGUUUUAUACUGUGGAUCAGUUUGUACCAAUCUUGUUGACAUUUUGAUUUUUGGUUACUUAUCUCUAUAUUUCAUCCAAAAAUUCCAACUGCCAAAACUGCUAUGUAAUGGUUAAGUAAACGAGGACAUGACUGAUUUAAGUGGAGAUGAGAUGGUAGCGAAUAGGUACUGAUUGAGAGUGAGAAUUGUCCUUGAAACUGAAUUUGUUUUUCUUGUA